UUGUUGCUAUUGACAUAACCUAAAAUUAGAAUUGUAAAAUCACACAAAACAAUGAUCUUUCGUGAGAUUUUUCACGAAAAUGAGUUCAAAACACUUGUCACGACACUACGCCAACAAAAAUCUCUUAUUACAAAUAUACUCAAGCAAAAGAUAUGAAUCUACAAGUUCCAGUGUUACAAUUGAAGCAAACCCAGAAGAGCCUUUUCGCCCAAAGAAAACCACUAAAGUAGUUUCUCCCGAAGACAAGAAAUCUCAUAAAGUAAAAAUCAAGAAUUUUUUCCAAAAAAGCCCCCACCUAGCAGCUAUCAAGAAACAUAUUCCGGAAAAUUACCUAGCACUCAAAAGAGUGACCCCUCCGGACAAUUUGUACCUGAUUGAUAGUACCGUAGCGAAACAAGCAGCGAGUUACAUUAUUCCCGGCGUACGAAAAAACCACGAUCAAAUCAUCUGUGAAACGAACGCAGGACUGGGUUUAAUAACAUCUGAAUUACUUGAAAGUGGAAUAAAAUUAGUACGACUGUAUGAAGGCUGUGGCGAGUUUAAAGAGUACCUCAAAGAAAAGUUUAAAGAUUUCCAAGGUCGCAUAGAAUUAUUUUCCAAAGACAUUUUUCUUUUGCACCGAUACGCAUACAUAGAUAAGCAGGAUAACGGUAGCAGGGUGGAACAGUUGCUUCAAGGGGUCCCUAGAAAAAACUGGGAUGAUGGUCCUGUAAUGACAAUCAUCGGGUCUUUCCCCAACAUGAACUUUGUUCGGUUUUUAAUGAAAUCGUUAGUUUUACAAAAUUUUGUGGUGUCUUUAGGUAGAAUCCAGUUGUAUGUGUUCAUGAGACCUAGAGACUUCAUAGUGUUGACCGCUGGCCCCCAUUUGAAUCUACACACAUAUCAACGGUCGUCGGUCAUUUUUAAUUUAUUUUUUAAUUACGAACUGUUGGAGAAAUUUCCCAGAGAAGUUUUUCUUCCCUGGCAAUCUUUAAAAUCUCAACAAAUUCGUCGUUACCCUGGCCAGAUCGACAACGACCAAAUGUACUUCGUCAAGAUCAAUUUUAAAAGAAAUCUUCCAGUGGCGGCAGAUAACUUACUACCUUUUUACUCAUUUGUUAAUCAGUUUUUUGGUAGAGGAACAACUAAAGUAAUUCCUGUGCUAGAAAAAUGGGUUCCGGGCUGCGGACUCGACAUAAUGUUGCCGAAAUUGAAACAUAAAGACUAUUUUAAGAAUAUGAAUAUUUUCACGCAGUUUGGUGAGCUGACGCCGCAGCAAAUUUUGUCCGUAUUUGAGGAAACCAUAAACCACCCCCAUUACGAAAAGAGCCACUUUAUGAAUAUGAUUGAAUCUCACUUGGCCAAAACCGAGACGAUUGAAAGCUGUUUGGACGACAACAUGCCAGAAAAAACCGCAGACACCUCGGAUACCGACCACACCCUUUGAUAUUUAUUACUGUUAAAUAAAAAACUAAAAUUCA